AUGUCAGUACAGCUAAGACUAUCUUCGCGUGUGCUGCAGAGGAAUAUUAGAAGCUAUACUACAAAAGCUAUUUUGACCCCCGGCCAUAAAUUACAAGGCUAUGAAGUUCAACAGGUUCAACGAGUUCCUGAAUUAGAGUUGACAGCUAUCAGUUUAAAGCAUGAAGCAACUGGGGCACAACACUUGCAUAUUGACAGAGAUGACUCCAAUAACGUAUUUGCUGUUGGUUUUCAUACACCUGUUCAAGAUAGUACGGGUGUACCUCAUAUAUUGGAACACACGACUUUAUGUGGAAGUGAAAAGUAUCCUGUGAGAGAUCCUUUCUUUAAAAUGUUAAAUCGAAGCUUGGCUACAUUCAUGAAUGCUUUUACAGCUAGUGACUAUACAAUCUAUCCAUUUGCUACGACAAAUACAGUAGACUACGCUAACCUUCGAGAUGUGUAUAUGGAUGCUGUGUUCCAUCCAAAAUUGGAUAGGUUAGACUUUAAACAGGAAGGUUGGAGACUAGAGCAUCAGAUACCGACAGAUCCUAACACACCCAUUCAGUUUAAAGGAGUCGUAUAUAACGAGAUGAAAGGACAGACUUCAGACUCCAACUACUUGUUUUAUUGCCGCGCAGAGCAAGCAAUGCUUCCUGGCACAAAUUAUGAACACCUCAGCGGCGGUGACCCCAAAUAUAUCACAGACCUCACGCACGAACAGUUGAUCGACUUUCAUAGAAAACAUUAUCAUCCUAGCAAUUCACGCUUUUACACAUAUGGCAACUUCCCUCUGGAGGAACACCUGAGAGCCAUUGGAGAGAAGCUGAAAGGAUUUGAAAAGACAAAAGUACCCACUGUCAAUAAGAAUGUAUCUCCUUGGACUGCACCAAGACGUGUUGAGACAACUUGUGCCUUAGAUCCAAUGAGCCCAGCCGACAGACAAACAAAACUUUCCGUCUCUUUCCUUGCUAACCAAAUAUCGGACCCCUUUGAAACGUUUUCAAUGCGUGUACUGUCCUAUCUUUUACUUGAUGGUCAUGCUUCACCUAUGUAUAAAGCAUUGAUUGACAGCAACCUGGGAUCAGAGUUUUCAGCCAAUACCGGUUAUGAUACUAGCGCAAGCACAAGCUAUUUGUCUAUUGGUUUACAAGGCGUCAAAAAUGAAGAUGUAGACAAAAUAAACAACACGAUCAAAUCAGUUCUUCAUCAAGUCAAGGAACAAGGGUUUGAUCCCAAGCGUAUUGAAGCAGCCAUUCACCAGAUGGAGCUCGGACAAAAACACAAGACUGCCGAUUUUGGACUUGGUAUUAUGCACGGCAUUACCUCUGGAUGGUUUAACGGAGUACAGCCUAUCGAGUUGCUGCAAGUAAAUAAGAAUCUUGACCGACUCAAGUCAGAGAUCGAGAAGGGACGCUAUUUUGAAAAGUUGAUAGAAAAGUACUUGAUUGAUAAUCCACACACGUUAUACUUUGUCAUGCGACCUGAUGAGCAGUACUUUUCUCAGUUAGCUCAGGAAGAGGAACAGAGAUUGAAAGAAAAAGUAGACCGCUUAACUGAGCAAGAUAAGAUUGAAAUUGAAAAAGAUGGAAAAGAGUUGCUGAAAUCACAGGAACAAACAGAAGAUUUGACCUGCUUACCCACCCUUCAUCUAAGUGACAUUUCGACAAAGACAAAGCAUACCGUGCUGGAACACACUGGCAUUUGUAAUGCACCUGUUCAAUGGAGAACUACGUCAACAAACGGCAUUACAUACUUUAGAGCCAUUAGUUCACUCCCCUUAUUCUCGGAUGAUUUGAAGAUGUAUUUGCCAUUAUUUUGCGAUUCAUUGCUGUCGUUGGGAACUAAAGAUCAAACGAUGGCAGAAAUCGAUGACGAAAUUAGACUAUAUACAGGCGGAUUAAAAGCAAGCACAUCCAUAUCUACAAACCACUCUGACCUGGAUCAUCUUGAAGAAGGCAUUGUAUUAGCGGGCCACUGUCUGGACAGAAACAUUGACAAGAUGUACAGCAUAUUAUCUAAACUCAUACAUGGCACUAAUUUUGAUAAUGUUGAAAAGCUAAAGAUCUUGAUCAACAGCAAUGCGUCAUCCAUGGUAAAUUCGAUUGCUGAUGCCGGUCAUAUCUUUGCUCGUACAUUCGCCAGUUCCUCUUUAACGCCUGGCAUGCAUAAUACCGAGCUAAUGAGUGGAUUGACUCAGGUCAGAUUUAUGAAUCAGUUGGCUCAAAAGGAGGACUUGUCUGAAGUAGUUGAAAAGUUGAAGCAAAUUGCAUCCAUUGUGUUAUCACAAUCCUCAUUAAGAAUUGCUAUUACUUGUGGUGAGGACGCUGUAGAACCUAAUACAAAGUCGCUUGUGCGAUUCAUCGAAGGAUUGCCUACGGACACCAAGAAACCUGAUCCUAGUAGUGCAGUGAAUAUAUUCAAACCCAAUUAUCCCAAGACGUUCUUCCCUCUACCCUUCCAAGUGAAUUUUGCAGCACAAGUAAUGAAAGGAGUGCCCUAUACACAUCAAGAUGGGGCCAGCCUCCAAGUGUUAUCCUCCCUUUUGACAACGCAUUACUUACACAAAGAAAUUAGAGAAAAGAAUGGAGCCUAUGGAGGAGGGGCUCGAUAUGGAGGAUUGAACGGAAUCUUUUCAUUCUACUCAUAUAGAGAUCCACGUACAUUAGAAACCCUAGACACAUUCAAGAAAUCGAUCGAGUGGAUCAAACAUCGUGAGUUCACAGACCAAGAACUUACCGAAUCAAAACUAUCUAUAUUCCAAGGAAUUGAUGCACCCUUGAGUGUAUCAGAAGAAGGUAUGCUCGAAUUUGUACAUGGCGUAUCUGAUGAAAUGAGACAAUGGCGACGUGAGGCACUUUUGAACGUAUCUCAAGAUGAUGUACAUAGAGUAGCAUAUGAGUACCUUGAGAAACCUGGCUCUGUUGCACUCUUAGGAACACAACAACUAAACUUAAACGAGGAGUGGGCCGUAAGUCAAUUAUAA